AUGUUGUCAAGAAUUUACAUUUGCAAUAAAAUUCUCAACCCUGUCUCUGUUACUUGUAAUCGAAAGUUAAGAGUGCAGUGGUGGCCGACUUUAGAAAAUCCAUGGGUUGAAGAAUCUCUUAAUGAUGACGAAUUGUCAAAACGAAAACCAGUAGAUUAUGAAGUUAGUAAGGCAGAAUAUGUAUGGGUGGAAAAAGUUUUGAAGAGAAAUAAGAUUCCGCUGCCUGAAGGUAUACCGGGUCCUACUCCUAGUGGUUGGAUUCCCCCUAACCCGGACUUGUCGAAAAAUGUACCUUAUUCUGUCAGAAGGUCGAAGAAUCAUAUGUUACCCGUCUACUACAUGGAGAAGCAACGAAAAAAGAAAGAGCGCUCACAUGGGGUCCGGCAGUUAACAGUCAUUCGACAUAUAGACGGUGAUAUGCACGCACUUGCUGAAGACCUCCGAACGCUUCUGCAACCGAAAUGUGAAGCAGGAUUGUUUCUUCAUCAGGUUGAUGAAGUUACACGCUGCAUAAAAAUUGAAGGUCUGUUCCAAGAAGAGGUAGCUAAUUUUCUCCUCAGCAAAGGAUUUUAA